UGCCAGAGGCCUGGGACCACACCCGGGUGCCCAGAGAUGUCUCUGCCAUCGUUGCUGCUGCUGCUGCUGCUGCCGACCUCGCAGCCCGCCGGGGCCACGCUGAUCCGGAUCCCUCUUCGCCGAGUCUACACGGGAAGUGGGCCCCUGAACCCACUGAGGGGAUGGGGAAACGCACAAGAGCCCCUCCAGUUGGGCGGCCCAUCCCCUGGGGGCAAUUCUACCUUUGUGUCUCUCUCCAAUUUCCUGAACGCCCAGUAUUAUGGGACAAUUGGGCUGGGGACGCCCCCACAAAACUUCUCUGUGGUCUUUGACACUGGCUCCUCCAAUCUCUGGGUCCCGUCCAAGAGAUGCCACUUCUUCAGUCUGCCCUGCUGGUUCCACAACCGCUUCAACUCCAAUGCCUCCAGCUCCUUCAAGCCCAAUGGAACUAAAUUCGCCAUUCAGUAUGGAACUGGGCGGCUCAGCGGCAUCCUGAGUGAGGACAAGCUGACUAUUGGGGGAACCAUGGGUGCAUCCGUGAUGUUCGGGGAGGCUUUGUGGGAGCCCAGCCUGGUCUUCGCCUUUGCCCUCUCCGAUGGGAUACUGGGCCUCGGCUUCCCCGUUCUGGCUGUGGAUGGAGUUCAGCCCCCACUGGAUUCCAUGGUAGACCAAGGCGCACUGGAUAAGCCGGUCUUCUCCUUCUACCUCAACAGGGACCCUGCAGUGGUUGACGGAGGAGAGCUGGUUCUGGGGGGCUCGGACCCAGCCCACUACAUCCCACCCCUCACCUACGUGCCAGUCACAGUCCCUGCCUAUUGGCAGGUCCACAUGGAGCGUGUGAAGGUGGGCACAGGGCUGACUCUUUGUGCCCAGGGCUGUGCUGCCAUUCUGGACACAGGCACAUCUCUCAUCACGGGACCCUGGGAGGAGAUCCGGGCUCUGCAUAAAGCCAUCGGGGGAUUUCCCCUAUUGAGGGGGGAGCACUUGAUCCAGUGCUCGAAAAUCUCAACGCUCCCUCCAAUCUCCUUUAACCUUGGGGGGGUCUGGUUUAACCUCACGGCCCAGGACUACGUCCUCCAGAUUACUCUGGGUGGCGUCCGUGUCUGCUUGUCUGGCUUCGGCGCUCUGGACGUGCCUCCGCCUGAAGGGCCCUUCUGGAUCCUCGGCGAUGUCUUCUUGCGAAGCUAUGUGGCGGUCUUCGACCGCGGGAACGGGAAAGAAGGUGCCCGGGUAGGGCUGGCGCGCGCUCGUUCUCCGGCUUCCUGACAGCGAAGGGGUGGGUUCGCGCAGGCGCAGUUCUGUUUGAAACCCUGGUUAGACGCAUGCGCACUGGGUGAUAGCCAAGACCCUGCUACUCAGUAAAAAUUCGCUGUUUCCAUUGAA